GAAGGCACCCCAAUGGGCAUGUCUCACACAGGACCCCAACCCCGAUCCAGAGACAGGCCAGCGCCUCAUUCGCCAGCCUCCUGCCCACCAUGAAGCUCGCUGUCAUCUUCACCCUGGCCUUCCUCGCUCUCUGCUGCAGCCUUGCUUCAGCAGAGAUCUGCCCAGCCUUUCUGAAUGUCAUGAAAACCCUCUUCGUGGGCACACUCUCCAGUUACGAGACUGCACUUGAGUUUUUCGCCCCAGACGCAGACAUGAGAGAUGGGAUGAUCCAGCUGAGGAAUCUGGUGGACACCCUCCCCUCAAACACCACACAGAACAUCCUAAAGUUCACGGGCAAAGUCUUAAAAACUCCAGCGUGUGCUUAGGAAUUAGAAGCGGAAGAUCGCCAACUGCUGUAGCUCCUGCGGCUCCCCAGACAUUUCCUUCACUCUGUCCCCAGCCUGGCUCCCUUUAAUAAAUUUUAAGCAUCUCA